AUGAAUAGUAAGGAGGGUAGAAGAACAACGGCCUUCACAGACAACUAUAUGCCAACCCACGCCACUCCGGCCCACUUCUGCCCACUCCUGUCCACUCCUGCCUACUCCUGCCCACUCCUGCCCACUCCUGCUCACUCCUGUCCACUUCUGCCCACUCAUGCCCACUCCUGCCCACUUCUGUCCACUCCUGCCCACUCCUGUCCACUCCUGCCCACUCCUGCCCACUCCUGCCCACUCUGCCCACUCAUGCCCACUCCUGCCCACUCCUGCCCACUCCUGCCCACUCCUGCCCACUCCUGCCCACUCCUGCCCACUCCUGCCCACUCAUACCUACUCCUGCCAACUCCUGCCCACUCCUGUCCACUCCUGCCCACUCCUGCCCACUCCUGCCCACUCCUACCCACUCCUACCUACUCCUGCCCACUCCUGCCCACUCCUGCCAACUUCUGCCCCAUUCCGUUGGCGACGUGGCUCGCCUUAACAGCUUGCGUCUACGGCAGGAGCCGCCUGGAGGAGGUCCCUGGGAGCGCCGCCCCCGUGUGUCAGCCGUCAACCAACUGGGUCAGGAUCCAGGUGGUCACACACCACGUAACCACGACCCUCUACGUCACGUCUGCGACGCUCUACACCGUCACCGACCUCAGCGCCGUCACCUCCUCCCUCCACCUGACGGAGGUGGUCCUCGACACCACCUACGUCACCCACACCAAGACGGUCGCCCAGUACUUGACGCUGACGCAGACGCUGACGCAGUUCCUCAACUCCACCUCCACCUCCUACCUCACUACUGCCUCUCUCAGCACUGUCACUCAGACACGGACACGGAGCGAGUACGUGACGGUGACCGACACGGAGGAGUACCCGGUAUUCCAGACCUUCACUGAGACCAGUCACGCCCAGUCCUGGACCGUGGUGACCGUGACGUCCACCCGCAGACCAUCGUGCUUCUG